CACAAAGUGGAGCUUUACUGUGUUCGCUGUGAUCGCAUACCGUUUGCAAUGUACCGAGUUCUUGGAGUGGUUUUCGCGUUUUUCGUGUUCUGCGCACUCCUGGAAGCUGGCCAGGCCGCCCUGUCCUGCAGAAAUGACCAGGGUGAGCCCAUCGAUUGGUAUAAUCUGUAUAAGUUGCCCAAGAAAAUUUCAACGGGAGUGCAUUUCCUCGCACUGACGGAGAACGACAAUGACUGGCGACUUUCAGAGGAGCCCAUCGAUGAUCCCCAGAGUAUUCCUGGUCGCACGCUGUCACAGCUCACGGAUCAGCAUCUCGUGCUCAUGUACAACGACGAGCCACCCGAGGGAGCGACAGACGGCACAAGAGGACACACAAAGGGCGUAGUUGCAACGGACGGAGAAACGGGAUUCUGGCUUAUUCACUCGGUACCCAAGUUCCCCAGCAAAUUAGGCCUUGACUACACUUUCCCAAAGACUGGAACAAUUUAUGGGCAGAGUUUCCUCUGCGUAACGUUCAAUUCCACCGAAAUGGACACCAUAGGAUUGCAAUUGCACAUGAACGAGCCCCAUUUCUACGAGAUCAACAUUCCAGAGGCUCUCAAAGGCUCAUUCCCGAACCUCGUAAAGGCGUCAGACAUGAAGAUGGUCAGCGAUCCGCCGUAUUGGCGCCUGGAACAGAUCAAAUCCAAAGAAGGCAAUGCAUUCAGUAGCUUCGCAAAGAGCGCCAAAUUCAAGAAAGAACUCUACAUGGACUGGGUGGCUCCGGUUCUGGGCUCUUCCCUCGUGGUGGAAUCCUGGCUUCAUGGUCCAGGCCGACUGGAGACCAAUUGCUCCAUUCCAUUUCCCAUUCUGAACCUCAGGGAUGUUAUGGUGCAUGUACAGAAGCAACGCACUAAUUUCCGCUCUUUGGACGAUCACUCCAAGUGGGCCGUGGCACUUGAAAACAAUAAGGAUUGGAUUUGCGUGGGCGACAUCAACAGAGCUGAACACCAGAUGGUCCGCGGAGGAGGUACUCUAUGUCGCUGGGACAAGAAAGUGGCCACAGCCUACAGGAGCACCAUUUUAGACGUCGAACCCUGUCCUGAGGAAUCAUCUGAAGAGGAUGAAUAUCUUGAUGAAUACGAUGAAUACUAUGAAUAUGAUGAUUUCGAAUAAAAACGUUUUAUUCCUGCUCAAAACUAGUAAUUUUACGCUC